GCGAGUUCUGCCCUCCACGAACGAAACAUACCGCCACUCUCCAGCCUCUGCAACACGACGACCACACACGACUACAACUCCUCACUCUCCUUCUGCACGCCCACAUCUCUCGCCUUCGCCAAGCGCCUAACGUGGGAACAAACGCCGUGGAUCCCCGUGUCUGGACCCUACAAACCCGUCAAUCCCAUCAGCGCCGCAGACGCAGACUUGAUAUCGCAGCAUCUCGCCUCGCACACGGGACGUAAAGUAUCCGCAGAAGCUGUCCAGCGCGCCUUGUUAUUCGGAAGCACGUAUCCCAGCCACCAGCACGACACCGAUACUCCGACUCCGACUCCGACAUCCACGACCACCACCGCCCUAGGACACUAUCCCCACCUCUUCAUCAUCUUCCCGUCCGCACGCACCUCGCCCUCCACUGACGAACAGUUCCUGCGCAUCUGGCACGACGACAUCGUCAAGCCCGCGUUCGACGCCGCAUGGCGCCACAGCACUGCCACGCACGUGUACGGGGCGCAUGCCAAUUCCGCCUACGGCAUGCUACCCCCCACAGCACUGUCCACAGCACACGACGCACAGCCCGCAUCAGGCUUCCUGCAGCGCCUGCGGAACAAGCGUGUAGAGUGCAUACGCACGUACUGGCCAUGCUGGACCGACACUGUGUUUCCCACGGGAACAGAAGGCCGGUUCUCGGGGCUCCGAGCAGACAUUUACGCCGAGGCGUGGGACGCCAUGUUGGGUAUGCUGAAGGAGCAUCCGCAGCUCGCUGCGGCGGGGUACCAGGAUCCGGUUUUGCUGGCCGUGGCGAGGGGAACAGUGCAUGUGAAUGAGCGGUUCAAUGCGGGGGAUCGUGUUAGGGCUGUGGCGCAGGAGUGGGAUGGGUUUGUGGAUGCGCGGUUUGUGGCGCCGGCUAGUUUUAGGGUGGUUUUUGAGGUUGUGGCGGGCGUGGAGGAC